GGUUUGGUUCCUGGGUUUAGGGCUUAUGUUUUAGGGUAGCCUUCGGGUUCACUGCCGGCGCUUAGUUGACACCAGAGCCGGAGUGUGAGAUUUUACAGGGGCUCUUAUGUUCGAGAUUUGGCGUGGUUUGGAAUCAUGAAGAAGAACAAGGAUGGCAGCGGCGGGCCUGCGCCUGCGACCAUAUCUGACCCGAGGUUUGCUAGGGUACAUACGGACCCUCGGUUCAUGCGUAUGCCGACAAAUAAGACGAAGGUGUCGAUUGAUAAGCGUUUCUCGCACAUGUUUUCGGACAAGAAUUUUUCUGAUCCGUUAGGGGCGGAUAAGAGAGGACGUGCGAAGAAGAAGAAGGAGAAGCACAUGUUGCAGCGGUAUUACAAGGUAGGUGAAGACGAGGAUGAAGCUGAGGGGAACGCAGAAGUCGAUGGAAGCAGUGGUGAAGAGACUGUGGAGAAGACGAAGUCUAAAGGCAAGGACGGGAGCAAAACAUCGAUCAAGGCUUUGCAAGGAAAGCAAGGAGGUGAGAAGGCGAAGAGUAAGAUUGUAACUGGGCCUAAAUUCCCAGGGCCUGUAGCACCUUCAAAGCUCGGUUUGGAAGUAAGUGAUGACGAGGACAGUGGCGAUGAGAGCGAUGAGGACUCUGUUGUUAAUCCGACGUUGAAAGGGAAGGUUGCGGGCAGAAAGGCUGUGAAGAGUGUGGACGGAAAGAAAUUAGCUAGACCAAAACCCUCUAGGCUUGUUGUGGAAGAGAGUGAUGAGGAAGAGAGUGACGAGGAAGAAGAUAGUGCCGACGAAAUUAAUCUGAAUAGCGAUGAGGAAGAGGAUUUAGAAAUAAACACUGGUAGAAAGUCUAGAACCGCCAAAGUUUCUAUUGCGGAGCAGGAUAGUGUUUCUGAGGAAGAGGAAGAUGAUGAAGAUGAUGUAUCCGCUAGCGAUGCAGAAUCCUCUUCUUCCAGUUCAUCGUCGGAAAGUGAGGCAGAGGAUGAGAUUGACGACCCUAGGGAGGAGGAAAAGGUUCCGACAGCUUCAGGUGCAGAGACUCGGAGAAUUGCAAUGAUGAACAUGGAUUGGGACCAUAUCAAGGCCGUAGACUUGUUAAUGCUGAUGCGGUCCUUCCAGCCAAAGUGUGGAAAUGUUGAAUGCGUAACUAUUUACCCCUCGGAGUUUGGCAUCGAACAAAUGAAGGCAGAGGAGGCGCAUGGUCCUAAUAUGAUCUUCGAUGAUGAUGACGACGAUGAGGACGAGGACAAGGAAGUGAACAUGGAGAAGCUUCGUGCAUAUGAGAGAAACAAGCUUAAGUACUACUAUGCUGUAGUUGAGUGUGACACAAAAGAAACUGCCAACCAUUUGUACACGCAAUGUGAUGGUAUGGAGUUUGAGCGGACAUCGAACACCCUUGAUCUUCGAUUCAUUCCUGAUGACAUGAAAUUCGUGAGAGAGCCCCGAGAUGUUGCCAAGGAGGUGCCCCAAGAGGGGUACAAAGCUCCUGAGUUUGAGACACGAGCGCUGCAACAUAGCACUGUGAAACUGACAUGGGACGAUGACGAACCAACACGAGUGAAGGCAUUGCGGAAAAAGUUCAAUGCAGACGAACUGAAUGAAAUGGAUUUCAGAGACUACCUUGCAUCAGCAUCGUCGGAAGAACUUGAUGAAGGUGAGAGUCCAAGCAGUCCGGAGCGAGGCACUGCCUCUAAUGAUGCAUAUUCAGGAGCCACGUCGAAAAAGGACAAGUACCGUUCUUUACUACUCGGGGAUUCUACAGAGGAGGUCGAGCCACAUGGACAGAAGAAAAAGAAAGGGGAUGUGGACAUGGAGGUGACCUUCCACACAGGAUUAUCUGAACUUAGUGAAAAGCUAUUGCAGAAAAAAGAGGCUAAAAAACGUGGUGAUGAGACUGUAUGGGAAGCUUAUUUACGAAAGAAAAAAGAAAAGAAAUCUCAGAAGAAACGGAGUAAGAAUGCAAAGAACUCUGAUGAUGAUUAUUCCUCUGACGAGGAUAUUGCCAGUCCACGCGUAGAACAGGGAGCAGCAGAUGAUGAUAAUGGGUUUGAUGAUCCUUUUUUUGCUGAGGCUGAUGAAUUCCCAGACGAAUCAAAGGCAGCACCAAAGAAGAGCAAGGCUAAGCAAUCGGCCGAUUCUGAUAGAUUAAAGAAAAGAGAAGAAAAGGAGCAGCAGAAGAAGGAAAAGGAGAGGACAAAGGCCGAAUUAGAGCUUCUUCUCAUGGAUGACGAAGGGAUACAGGGUGCAGCGCGGGGUUUCAAUCUUAAGAGUAAGAAAAAGGGCAAAGGGAAGUCGAAAAAAGGUGGGAAAGACGACGAUGACCAGGAAGACGACAAAUUGGCCUCUGCAGAUUUGACUGAUCCACGGUUUGCACCUCUUUUUAACAAUCAUCACUACGCCAUUGACCCUACCAAUCCGCAGUUUCGGAAGUCUGCCGCUCAACUUAAAAUUCUAGCAGAAGCCCAACGAAGACGUAUGCAGAAAUCUGAAGAUGGUGGAGUCUCUAAGGUUGAAAAUACUGGAUCUGGUGACUUGAACCCUGAGAUUGAUGAUGCCGCUCAGGGCUCGAAGGAUCGUAAGAGAAAAGCUGAACUAUCGUCUUUGGUACGAUCACUUAAGAGGAAAGCUGGAAAGCCGGGAAAGUAAAGUUGGUUGCAGUUGCAUUAGUUUAUUCAUUCGAGAAUAUUUAGUUAGUCGACAAGUGUAGGCGAUUGUAUUAUUCAUCUCAUUUUUGAACGCUUACUUUCGAAGGACGUGAGCAUGUAGAGCUUUGGCUGUUCUCUUACUUCAAGCCUCUUGCUGUGGUAAGGCCCUCCCUUUAAGGCUUGGUCCAAGUUGGACACUUGAGGCAUGAUUAUCUGGAUUAGUCUGGGGCUCACAAGGCUAACAAGGUGUCUGGUUAUAUGACAAGAACUGAAAAAGCCCAUCAGUAAAAAGUUAACAUAAGAAUGAGCCAUUUUAGAGAAGGGAAGCGAUGCUGAAUGUAAAUGUGGAUAAGUAGUUAAACUUUGUACACUACAUAAACAUAAUUAGUGAUUUUUUAUGACA